UUGAUUCAUCUUCUCUCGAUCUUUUAAACCCUAAUCGUAUUACUCAUAAUAAUCACCGACGUUUCUCAAAUCCUUUGACGAUGUCUAGAAUUGACGAAGAUGAUGAUCAGAAGACGAAAAUAUCAACCAACGGUAGUGAAUUUAGGUUUCCGGUGAGUCUCUCCGGUAUUCGUGAUCGUGAAGAUGAUGAUUUUUCAUCUGGCGUCGCCGGAGAUAAUAAUGACCGUGAAGUUCCCGGCGAGGUGGAUUUCUUCUCCGACAAGAAAUCUAGGGUUUGUCGUGAAGACGAAGACGGAUUUCGUGUUAAGAAGGAAGAACAAGAUGAUCGAACGGAUGUAAAUACCGGUUUGAAUCUUCGAACAACGGGUAAUACAAAGAGUGAUGAGUCAAUGAUCGACGAUGGAGAAUCUUCUGAAAUGGAAGAUAAACGUGCGAAAAAUGAGUUAGUGAAGUUACAAGAUGAGUUGAAGAAAAUGACAAUGGAUAAUCAAAAGCUAAGAGAAUUGCUUACACAAGUGAGCAACAGUUACACUUCACUUCAGAUGCAUCUUGUUUCACUAAUGCAGCAACAACAACAACAACAGAAUAAUAAGGUAAUAGAGGCUGCUGAGAAACCUGAGGAGACGAUAGUACCGAGGCAAUUUAUUGAUUUAGGCCCUACGAGAGCAGUGGGCGAGGCCGAGGAUGUAUCGAAUUCUUCAUCCGAAGAUAGAACUCGUUCGGGCGGUUCUUCUGCAGCCGAGAGGCGUAGUAACGAGGUAAGGCACGGGAAGAGACUUGGGCGUGAAGAAAGUCCCGAAACCGAGUCCAACAAAAUACAGAAGGUGAAUUCUACUACCCCGACGACAUUUGAUCAAUCCGCUGAAGCUACGAUGAGGAAAGCCCGUGUCUCGGUUCGUGCCCGAUCGGAAGCUCCCAUGAUAAGCGAUGGAUGUCAAUGGAGAAAGUAUGGCCAGAAGAUGGCUAAAGGGAAUCCUUGUCCGCGGGCAUAUUACCGCUGCACGAUGGCCACGGGUUGUCCCGUUCGCAAACAAGUUCAACGUUGUGCGGAAGACAGAUCAAUUCUGAUAACGACCUACGAGGGAAACCAUAACCAUCCGUUGCCUCCAGCCGCAGUAGCCAUGGCUUCUACCACCACGGCUGCGGCUAACAUGUUGCUAUCCGGAUCAAUGUCUAGUCACGAUGGGAUGAUGAACCCUACAAAUUUACUAGCUAGGGCUGUUCUUCCUUGCUCCACAAGCAUGGCCACAAUCUCAGCCUCCGCGCCGUUUCCCACCGUCACAUUAGACCUCACCCACUCACCACCGCCUCCUAAUGGUUCCAACCCUUCCUCUUCCGCAGCCGCCACUAGCAACAACAACCACAACUCAUUGAUGCAACGGCCGCAACAGCAAAUGACGAAUUUACCACCGGGUAUGCUACCUCAUGUAAUAGGUCAAGCAUUGUAUAACCAAUCCAAGUUCUCAGGGCUGCAGUUCUCCGGUGGCUCUCCCUCGACGGCAGCGUUUUCUCAGUCACACGCGGUGGCUGAUACAAUAACGGCACUCACAGCUGACCCGAAUUUCACGGCGGCUCUUGCAGCCGUUAUUUCUUCUAUGAUCAAUGGUUCGAACCACCACGACGGCCAAGGAAACAACAAAAGUCAAUAGAAAAAUAUUACAAUUUUUUUUUUUGGCAUCUACAUUUUUUUUCCAACUGGGUUAUAGGAAACAGAGAGUUUAUUUCAUUGAUUCACAUUUGUUCUGUUUCGUACCAAAAUUCCAGUAAAU